AGACACUCGAUUUUUUGCUGAAGGGCUGGUAUCAGAUGAUUAAAAGGGUGUUACUACAAUAACUGACCAGCACUGCUAACCAAGAAACCGUUCGACGUCCUCUCAUUUCUUCACCAAACAGUCAUGACGAACUCCAAAGCACCUUGGGAGCUGAAGGCGGAAGAAGUCGAAAAACAGGUUGCAGGACAAGAUCAGUAUGAAGACUGCUUAGCAUGUCGAAUCACCGGGUCCGCGGCGUUUAUUGGGCUCGGAGUGUAUAGCUAUUAUACAGGAAUGCAGAAUCUGAGAAAACAAGAGACAGCAAUUAUGAGAAGUGCGAGCAAAUAUAAGAUGGGAUCAAGGCAGCUCGGCAUAGCAAGUCUGUCCGCUUCUCUCAUAGGUCUAGGACUUUACAGGGCGUUCAACUGA